CGGUUCUUCAAGAGCUAGCAACCAACCGGGGCAAUGUUCUACGCCCAUUUUGUCCUGUCCAAACGUGGGCCCCUGGCCAAGAUCUGGCUAGCGGCCCACUGGGACAAGAAGCUGACCAAGGCUCAUGUGUUUGAAUGUAACCUAGAGAGCAGUGUGGAGAGCAUUAUCUGCCCCAAGGUGAAGAUGGCGCUGAGGACCUCUGGUCACCUCCUGCUCGGUGUGGUGAGGAUCUACAACAGGAAGGCCAAGUACCUCCUGGCUGACUGUAAUGAAGCCUUCAUCAAGAUCAAGAUGGCUUUCAGACCAGGUGUGGUGGAUCUGCCAGAGGAGAACAGAGAGGCUGCCUACAACGCUAUCACCCUGCCGGAGGAUUUCCACGACUUUGACCAACCCUUACCUGACCUUGACGACAUAGACGUCGCCCAGCAGUUCACCCUGAACCAGAGCAGAGUGGAGGAGAUCACCAUGAGGGAGGAGGUGGGCAACCUCAGCCUCAUGCAGGACAAUGACUUUGCUGACUUUGGCAUGGAUGACCGUGAGAUGAUGAGGGUAGAGGGAGGCUUUGAAGAGGACAUCAUUCAUGGAGCGACAGCCUCUAAUCUGCUGCUGGAGGCGGAGCCGGGGCCACCACUCACCUGCCGGACAAGACCAAACCACCUGGAGCACGACUUUGGAGACACCAUGGAGAACAACGAAGGAGGAAUGCUGG